CUCUCUCUCUCUACAAAACCCUCUUUCUCUCUCCCCGUUCCCUAUCGCCGCCUUCUACUUCAACAGUCGGCCGUAACUGCUUCUGCUUGCCCCAAAAAAACCUGUCAAUCAGAAUCAUGAGCAGGUCGGGUCAGCCUCCGGAUCUGAAAAAGUACAUGGACAAGAAGCUCCAGAUAAAGUUGAAUGCAAACAGGAUGGUUGUUGGGACCCUUCGCGGGUUUGAUCAGUUUAUGAAUUUGGUGAUCGACAACACUGUAGAAGUUAAUGGCAAUGAGAGGAAUGAUAUCGGCAUGGUGGUUAUCCGAGGGAAUAGUGUGGUCACAGUUGAAGCUCUCGAGCCCGUUCCCAGAAAUCAGUAGCUUCAGUUUGAUGAUGAUUUUGCGCAUGUUCUACAACAUGGCUGCUUGUAUGGAUAUUAUCUGACAUGUCAAUCCCCUUGUAUGGGUGGCAAUUAUAGGCCUGCUCUAGUUAAAACUUAAAACUGAGUUAUAUGUGUUGUUUCUUAACUUUCCUGGUACAGUGACUUGUCUGUUUCUUAAAGUCUUUGAUUAGAUACCAAUUGGUUCACAAUAUUGGGAAUUGGUCUAUGAAAUUGUUUGUACAAGGUAUAAUUCUGCAGUA